UCCUUAAUCAACAAAAGAGCUGCCAGGCUCUUGGGUGAAGGUGGUUAAUAAGGGAUGGGCUCAGAUCGUGCAGGUCUGCUUUUCAGCAUUGGUGCACAAAGCAUGCAUGUGGCUGCAUCUGUCCCUUGCAGCCUGUCCAUGCGCCAGUGUGCACGCAUGCUUAGAGGCAAGCUUGAACCUUCCAUGCAAACCAGAGGCAUAAUCUUUUAUUCAAGGAGUACAGAACGCUUUGUAAAAACGAAUGUAAAUUAUUCGUCGCCUCUGAACUGAAUGGCUUCAUCCUCCAUUUAAAAAAAAAAAAACAACAGCUAAGGGAAACACAGACUACAGCACAGAGCUGGAAUUGUAAGAGAACUUCAGGGAAAUAAAGCAGAACGCCUUUGUUUUGCAGUGAUGUCUUUACUGAAGCCCAAAGCGAGCACCUCGAGCAGCUUGAUUCUUUUUUCUGCAUGGAGGCUGUGAUGUCUGUUUGUAUUGCAAGAUCCUUGUGUAGUGGGUAGAUCUAAGACGAAGGUAAAUUGGCCUCAGUGCACAGUUAGUCAUUUCCUGUCAUGUUUUCAUGUUUGAGUUGUAGUGUACUGGGUUUGACCUUUACUUCUUGGGGCAAAGAGAUUUUGAAACAUUACUGCCGGAGCCCUCAGCCUGCGCAGUUGGGUAAGCAGUCAGGCAUCUAUAUGGCCAUGGACCAAGUCAGCUGGGUUUUAUGGGCAUCACUCAGUUCAGUCCAAAACUAAAUGUUCUCUGCGAGAUUAUUAUCCUCCCAACGCGCUUGGUCCUUGGGACUCCCUUUUUGUUCCUGUCACAGCCAGGGCACUGGACGGAUCUCGCUGGGUUUCUGCGUUUGGGAGAUGUAGGACACCCUGCUCUCUACCGCAGAGUUCUGGCUUCUGAGUUUGUGGCAUGAAUGUGGGGUUGGUUGGUUUGUUUUUGUGGGCGUGUAUUUGAUAUACAUUUGUUUGGUGGAGAACGCUGCCUCCACGCAGGGGCCCCUAGCAAGAAAAACACAUGCUACAACAGCGAGGUAACAUGAAGCCCACAGACACCAGUUUGCAGUUUCAUGUGCAUUUAUAUAUACUCUCUUUAUGACUUUCUAGUUGAACCCUCAUCCAGUUACGAUCCCCCGCCACCUUUUCUUGUCCAUCACUUUGUAACGACAAGGGCAAAGGGGGCUCACUGAUAGAUUAAUCCACCUCUAAGCAAUGGGCACUUUCCAGAUUGGCUCCUGGCUGGACCUGGUAUGAAACCUGGGGCCUGGAGGCCAGCCGCUGCCCAUUAAUUUGUUUUGAUGACUAUCUUUAGGGUUGGUUUGUGUUCUUGCAUUACUGUUUGUUGCCAGUAGGACAACAGUAAGCGUAUGGUCUGCUCUGAAAGGCUUAUUCAGCCCUGCGCAAUAAAUAUAUUCCUUCUUCUUGCCUAAUUUUCUACUUGAAAAAGGAAGAAAACAAGGGGAAACUAAAGAAAUGGGUGGAUUUGCCACUGGAAGGCUCUCCGGGUGGGAUCGGCCAGGCCUCUCUUUCCUAAUCGCACUUUUGCUGAUGCUGUUGAGGCUGAGACUCCCUAAGCAGGAGGGGAUUGUGAAUGUUCCUGUGCUGGGAGUUCAGUGUGAGAUGAUGAAGCUGCCCCGGGAGCAGUGCUGUGUCUGAGCCACGCGGUGCCUCCAGCAAGGAAAGCCUCAAGACCAUGUGUGCUCUCAGCACGUUUUUGAUAUCCCUGUUCCCAUAAUCGAACGGGAGAAUACCCUUCUUUUAAAUGCCAUGAAGGGAGAUGGGAGCAGGCAUUCGGAAAGCAGAUGGACACUUGCUCCUUGCUCCUUUUUCAGGUUCCUUUUAAGCAUCCAGCAGUCGCUGCCCCAGGCAGUGACUCCCCACUCCUCUGAUCACGCCGAAGCUCCCGUGCUCAGUCACACUCCUUGAAACUUGGCUCCAGUGUCUUUCUUCCUAUUAUGGUCAUCCUGGCCAUGUCUGCAGCUGCUGCCCUGGAGCCAGUACCAGCUCCAGCAGCAGUGCUUGUUGCAAGCUGCUGCCAGUGGGGGCUCCCCUGGCUCGAUCGGUGUGGCACAGGGUCAGGUACUUGCCAUGGGAAGCUUGGGCCAGGCUCUCUCUUCUCCCAAACCUCUAGAGUGACCAGCAAGAAUCUCCUCUGGCACGUUUUGAAGCCCCAUGUUUCCUGACCAUCUGGUAAAUGAGACUUCAUUUCUUUGGGGAGGAGUUUCUGGUGCGUUUGUGUCUAACUCCUCUGCUUUUGGACUUCCUCCUCAACUUAAGUGGUCAGUUUGAAUCAUGGGGGUCCAAGCAGACCAAGUGGUUUCAAUUUCUGACUUCCUGUUGCAUGCACGGAAUUUGCUUACUUUGUAUACUUUUUAAAUAAGAUUAACAGCUGAUCUCUUGAGCAUAUGUUGGGUUUUCAUGCCAGCAGAAUGAUACAGGGCGCUUGUUCCAAGUGGGACCUCGCAGCUCUGCCCUCCUCCCAAGCUGCCCUCUUAAGAGGCAGGAUUCGUUUAGAACUUGAAACAAUUAAUCCUUACAAAUGCUUAGUGAUACAGUCCUAACUGUGAAAUCAUUCCCUCCUUUCUCCCUGGACAGAGUUUUUCAUUUUCUGGUUGCAUAGUAGGGACUUACACCUCUUUUUUCAACUCCACCAGUUUUCACUUUCCCUAAAGAAAGUAAGCCUGGAGCAAGAACCAAGUGGGCUAUUGCCUUUCUCCUUGUCUGCCUGAGCUCUGCUGUCCCUGCUGAGCUUUUGGAAGGUGGGGAGAGGCAGUGAGGAUGAGCACCCCAAAGAAGCCUGAAUUUCUCACUUGAAUGGAUCUGGUGUUUCUCUGCCUCCAAAUGCUGGCCUUCAUGCUCAGCCCUGGAGAUGCAUCCUCCUGUAGCUGGGGUCACCGGACCUGCUCAGAUAGGAAAGGGACAGAAGUGGCUUAAAGUCAAGUGUGAAACAAGGUCCUGACCACAAGCAAUUACGAGCUGAAUCUCAGAUGGGCAAUCCUGCCUGCUUUUCCACAGUGGCAUGGAAAGUUGGAUUCCCUUACAGAGUGGCCUCGUUAAAAAGAGGUUCUUUCUGUAAAGGACAAAUGUCGCAGUGUGUACAAAUACUGGCUCAGAACUUUGGGCCAUUACCUUGUAUGGGGAUGCUGCUUUGUGAGAUCCUGACUUAGUAGCAGCAGGUUUUCCGUUCGCGUUGGAAAAGUUUUAUGUUUCCUUAUCUUCAGAGAAAGAAUGAGGAAUUUAUUACCGGAGGAUGAAGGUCUAUGAACUCAGUAGUGCUCUGAAAUCAGAGCAGUGUCUUGGAGUGCUUCAGGACCCUGCACGUCCUGACAGCCCCACUGCGUCCCCGUGAGCACAGCAGCUUCUGGGGCAUGGAUGGCUCCUCCUGGCCUGCCCAGGUCUGCUGGAAAGUCUGUAAGCACAUCAAGGACAAGGCUAUUUCCACGUGCAGAUGGCAGAUUCUGCAUGCAGUCUCUCAAAGUGCGUUGGCCUUCCUGGGAGAUCUGGCUCACUAUUUAUAAUAGUUCAAAAACUUAAUCUCAACUAGGAAAUAAUUUGUUUUCCAGAUCUUCUGAAGUGUUAUCUGGUCUAGCAGAAUUCAGUGGGUGCUUAGGUCAUGCAUUUUGUUUCCAGAAUCAGCAUUGCUGAUUCUGAUGCAAGAAGGCAUGAAAGGGGACUCCUGGCCUCGUGGAGAUGGGGCCAAGCUCCCUCAAGCUGCAUCUGUUCUCUUCCUCCUCCAUGGAACGAUACUGAUGUGGAAAAUAAAUAAUAGCAUACAUAGCGUGCCGUGUCACUGUGUAUAAACUGAUGAAGAUGCCCCCUUUCUGUUGGUUGGGCCAGUGUGGGGCUUUCUCUGUGUUGGUGCAUGAGAUUCUCUGGGUAAGAUCAGACUGCACAUGGGGCAGUUGAAUCUCUGCACUUGCCUUGGUCUUGUAAGAGCUGCUGGAAGGAGUCGGUGGGCUCUGGUUUUGUACCUUGAGAUCUUUUCUAAGCACUAGGAAUCCCUCAAUUUGCCAUUCAAAGAGUGCAUUAAAAUUGUGCACAGCCUCAGCUGCCCUUAUCCUUUGUCAGAUGCUUUAACAAUUUCUGCUGCUGCUUCCUCUCGAAGCUUCAAGAAGCUGCCUGCCAUGCUGAGCAAAAUUCAAUUCUGCCAGCACAGAUCUCACGUGCAGUGCAGGGUGUUUCCUCACAGCUGUGGCAGCCAUCUCAAUGGAUGCACUGCAGAGCUCUGGGCCAGCAGUCAGUCUGCCUGUGCUUGGGGAAGCAACAGUGCUGCAGAUUUUUGGAUGCACGCAUACCAGGGCAUGGCACCCUGGCAGUGCGGGAGGGCUGUGCUCACACCCUGCUGCUCCAGGUACCUACUGCCUCUUCCAGACCGCCCGUGGAGCUGGGAGGUGCAGCCAUGGGCAGGAUGUGACUCAGGGGUGCUCGGAGCAGGUGGGGCCCUGUGCAGGCAGGAUCCAGCUGGCGAAAUGCCUGGCACCCUCUUGGCUCCCCCAGCUGUCACCUGGAGGCAGCGUCCAGCAGUGGCACGGAUGCUGGGCUGCUGGGGCAGGCCUGCAGCUCACAGGUUUGAUAGCAGAGGGGGCGAAGGCAGAGGUUGGGGGGGUGGAGGGGCAAGAGCAGGCCCCAUGUAGCCCCCAGAGGUGAUGUAGGGGAAGGGGACAGCUUUCGAUCCACAGCCUCGUGCAGGGGCCAGCGCUGCUCCCCAGAGCGAGCAGCUGGUUUCCCUUUUAGGGUCGGGCGAGAGGUAGAAACAAUGUCACGCGGAUUCCAGCGCCCAUAAUGGUUCUGGAAAGCCAAGGGGAACAAAGAGCGUUCUCCUCUGCUGACCUCGAAGCACGCUGAGGACUGUCUCCCAAAGCUGCCUCUCCAGGAGGUUUCAUCCUUACAUGGGAGCCCGUGCCGCAGCGCUGCGCCGUGCCCGCUGCGUGCCUGUAGGUGUGAAGUGCGAGCGCCAGGGCGGCAGGCAGGGCGAGGAGAGGCAGGAACCCGACACAUAAAGGCAGCUCUAUUCCUGUGUCCUGGGAAGAUUAAGUGUUUCCCUGGGAAUAGCCUUGUUGGAUUGCUCUGGGGUCGCCUGGUGGAGCAGCUGGUUGUGACCUGACAACGAGCAACAAACGCGUAUGAAGUUACACGGGGCCGUAGGUUUGCUGUGUGCGUGAGACCUCGUGGCAGCCCGAAUCUCCUCCAAAAGUGAUUAAACUCUGAAGCGAUUGCACUCAGGAGAAAGUCUGGCCCUGGACCUCUUCUUUGCAUAAUAGUUUGCAGACACUAAAGUGAAUGUAACGAUCUCCUGGGGCUGUUGCUAAGCCCUCUGAGGUGUUGCUGUGCACAAUGACACCGGCGUGGUGUUACGUGCCUGGUACUCUCUAAUUAGAAAGCGGCCUCUGCUGUGCGUCCUUGGCGAACCGCUGACCUUUCCCAUACGUGCAGCUAUUCUGAGCUCUGUUCCAGACUGAUCAGGUUUGCAUCCCGGAACACUUUAAAUAUUGUUUGGGAGGGGAGCUCUUGUUGCCAAAGCUGUUUGUUCUUGGGCAGAGGCGAGAAACUGAGCUUCCUUUCUUCCAUGAGCACGACUCUGGAGGUCAGAAGGAUUGGGUGGGCAGCUGGCAGGCAGAGAGCUGCUGUUAUUUCUGCCCUCAGACAGCUGCAAGAGUGCCCCAGGUCUGGCAGCCCUCAUCCCAGGAUGGGUGGGCAAAUGCUCUUUGCAGCUGGAAUCCCGUUGGGUUGGGGCAGCACCUUGGCUGGUGUCUGGAGGCGUUACUGACACCAGCCUAGCUCACAACUGGUAUUUACGGGGUGGUGCAGACUGCAGAGUAUGAGCACAUGCUAAUUAGCACGCAUAAUGACUGCCCAUAAAUCUCAGCAUCAAUUUAAAGAGUCCUGAAGCCAGGGCGUAUUUUUAAUACAUCCUAAAACUCCGCUUCUUUUCUUCACGAGUUGAAAUGAUUUCCCAGUUCCUCAUUGUGAUCACGGUAAGAACUGGGGACUUUUGUCCUAUUCCUUCGCUGUGUUUCUUUUGUCUCCCCUUUCUCGGUGCCGUGACCUUGCAGCCACGUCCGUGGGUGAAGAUGUGGAGUUUGCUGUGGUGUUGUGCAGGAUUUGUCACUGCUGCAUGACACUGUAUACACGACCAGAACAAAGAGACCAAACAGAUCACUUCCUUGCAGCUUAUCUAAGUCAAAUAACUCUGAGUAAACUUCCUGGGCCUGGGCUUUAUACUCUGCAAAAAGGCAGCACAGAGCCUGAUCCUGUGUGCUCUUGCAGCAGCCUCAGCCACAUGAUGCUUGGCUCUGCUGACCCCGCACCCCGGCCUGCAGCUAGGACCGACAGAAACAGAACACAUCUGGGGAGAAUCUGCUUGAAGCAGAAGUGCCCCAGGGAAGCAGCCCUUUGUUUCCAGUGCACCCAGUGCACCCAGUUCUCCCAGUCUUCAUCUGUGGGCUCUGGUACGCCAGCACAGUGCAACCCCUUGUGAGCAGGGUGGGCAUCGUGCCGGCACGGUAUGAUUUGGGAUACUGCUUUUGAGGGGAACAUGGAAUAUCAUUUUCAGAGGGUUUCAAUGGGUUUUGCUCCCUGUUCCGUGCGCUCCUGCAGCAGCAUCACCCACCUCGCCGUCCUCAGCAAAAUGCUGUGCCUUGCUUCAUGGUGGGGGACAGAGAGGGACAGCCUCUGGGCUGGGGCCAGCAGCGCUCAGGGACUCACCAGCAAAAGCCAAGGCUUCUCCCAUCAUGCUGUUUUUCCUUCCCUCGUGUUUCCUGAUGUUCUCUGACCCCGUAUUUUAGGACCGCAGAGAUAGCACAGCCCAUUGAGCAAACACAGUAGCUCCGAGCCCUGGCGGUAUCGCGGUUCCCAGGGCAGGAGUGCUUAUUAGAGGCCCUUUUAUUACAGACACACCUUGGAAAGUUCUUCUCUUCAGAAGGGCUGGGAGGAGAAGAGUGAUAAUUUCAUUUUCUUUCUUCGCCAGAGAGAAAGAUCCCAGGUCGCUGUGGCAGCAGGUGAAGGCGGCCCUCAGACCGGCACCAUGACCGAGUGCUUCGACUGCGACAACUGCAAGGAGUCCUUGUACGGGCGCAAGUACAUCCAGAUGGACAAUGGCCCGUACUGCAUCCCCUGCUACGACGCCCACUUUGCCAACACCUGUGAUGAGUGCAAGGAGCUGAUCGGCCACGACUGCAGGGAGCUGUACUACGAGGAUCGCCACUACCAUGAGCACUGCUUCCGCUGCUUCCGUUGUGACCGCUCGCUGGCCGAUGAACCCUUCACCUGCCAGGACGAGGAGCUGCUGUGCAAUGACUGCUACUGCAGCGAGUUCUCCUCCAAGUGCAUCGCCUGUGAGAAGACAGUUAUGCCAGGGUCCCGCAAGCUGGAGUACAAUGGACAAACCUGGCACGAGCACUGCUUCAUAUGCAGCAGCUGCCAGCAGCCCAUCGGGUCACGAUCCUUCAUCCCGGACAACAAGGAUUAUUACUGUGUCCCCUGUUACGAGAGCAAGUUUGCUCCUCGCUGUACUCGCUGCAAAAAGACCCUGACCAAGGGAGGAGUGACCUACCGGGACGAGCCGUGGCACAAGGAGUGUUUUGUCUGCACAGGCUGCAAGACUCCCCUGGCUGGCCAGCAGUUCACCUCCCAGGAUGACAACCCUUACUGCAUCAAGUGCUUUGGGAACCUCUAUGCCAAGAAGUGCAGCGCCUGCACAAAGCCCAUCACAGGCUUCGGUGGUGGUAAAUAUGUCUCCUUUGAAGAUCGUCACUGGCACCAUAACUGCUUUAACUGUGCCCGUUGCAACACCUCGCUGGUCGGGAAAGGCUUUAUCCCUGACAAUGAUGAGAUCCUGUGCCGCGACUGCAGCAACGACCUAUGAGCCUUGGAGGACACCGUGGGGCAGGGGCUUUCUCUAUUCUUCAGGGUCUUUGUGCUAGAUACCCCUGACAGCAUUGCAGGGGCAGGGCACAAGGCAAAGUUGAUGAGGGCUGACCCUGAACUGCGGUGUGUUCAGGAGGUUCCUGUGCCCCUCCCUGAAGGCUAGAGUAUGCUACACUGUGGCUCUGUGCAGAGCCAAAGCUAAAUAAAGUUGAAAAGGAGCUUCAAGAUCCCCAUUAUUUACUCUUUCUUUUUGCUUCCUGUCUGACUGGGCAUAACCUGAGCAAAGGGCAGCAGCAGCAGCAGCUUCAGUGCAGGGCUGCUGGAUCUGCACGCUGGCAGCAUGCAUUCGUUCCCCUGGGCACGGUGCUCAUUCUUCUCCUUUUUUCCCUGCCCUGUGUGCUGCAGGGCAGCAGCUCCCGCUCUGGUCUUGGCAGUGUGCACAACGGAUGGCUUUGCAGCACAGCGCUGCACAACCCACGCAUGCGGGGCUCUCUGCCCUGUUUGAGAGGUUUGGGGACAUCAGGCUGGAGCAGGAGCACGUGUCAUCACCUUGGGAUUCCUGUAACCACUCCGCCACCCAUGUGCUGCACCCUUUGCUCAGUGUGGCUCUGCGGCAGAGCUCAGGCACUCGCAGGGCUGGAGCACUCUGCCCCAAGCCCUUGCCUAUCCUUAAAUGUUCACAGCGAGGUGUCUCGAGGCUCACACGAGGGCUUGAGCCAGCCUUGCCCUCUGGCUUUGCUGGCCCUGCCCCCCCAGAGCUCCUCUGCAGGAGGUGCUUGUGCUGUCUGCCUGGUCUGCAUCCCCCCUGCUCUGCCCUGCCUGGGGCACUUCCCCCAGCCCUGCUUUCCUGCUUAACCAAGUGCUUCUCCGAAGGCAUCUCCCUGUGGGUUUCUUGUGUUUUUUUUUUUUCCUCCUCUUGUAUUCUUUUGUCAUGAUUAUCUGUUGUUUUGUAACCAGCAGUGGGAUGAAGGGACUCGCCCCCCCUGCCCAGGAUUCAGUAGGAGCAGAAAAAGUUAUGCAUGUUGAAGUGUUAUUAACUCUGUAUUCAGAUCCUUGUUGAACCCUCGUUUGAAAGCUUUGAUGCAGGCAAAUCAGAGUUUGUGUGUUUGCUAUUCUGAGGCGCUUGGAGCAGUCUCUAGAAGGAAGUGUCCUGAAUGUCAGCCUCUUGUAUGUUUCCUAAGGCUUUAUAUAAUAAACUCUUUUAGUGACGCUC